CCAAUGACUACAAGACUUACGGUGUUACAUGAAGUAUAUGUAAAUUUUAUUGCAGUGAGGAGGACAUGUAUCGUGAUGCAGAAGAAAUAGAGAGAGAGAAAAUAUUACUUGUUUGUGAGACGGGCUCUUCAGAGCAUAAACUGAGCAUUGCACCCGAAAUGGAUGUCAUGGAAUAUUGCAUAAAAGAAUGGAGAGGAAAUACACCAGUAGCAAAAAGGAUGAAAAAGGGAUAUGAAGCAGUUUCUCAGAAAUUUGCAUCUAUAAGGAGAGUACGAGGUGAUAAUUACUGUGCUCUCAGAGCAACUCUGUUCCAGGCACUAAGCCAAGCUACUCAAUUACCAAGCUGGCUACAGAGCGAGGACUUUACCAUGCUUCCUGAAAAGUUGUUGAGCAAAUACGACUGGAUCAAGCAUUGGCAUCUAAAACAGAAACUGGGCAGGAAGAUGGGAGGAAUAAGUGAUGAAAUUAAAGAAUAUUUAAUGCUAUUAAGGAAAAAGUGGAAGAGUAUCAGUGAAAUCAAGGCUCCUAAUGAGAAACAAGAAGCUUGUGAUGAGUUGUUUAAAAAUGAAGAGGAAGAGUACAGUCUGUAUGAAGCUCUGAAAUUUUUGAUGCUCAACACAGCCAUUGAGUUAUACAAUGAUGAUAAAAAUGGAAGGAGAGUUCCUGUCUUCUCAUGGUUACUAUUUGCACGGGAUACAUCUAGCAACCCUUGCCAGUUAAUGCGUAAUCACUUGAAUCAAAUUGGUCACAGUGGAGGCCUUGAACAAGUGGAAAUGUUUCUCCUGGCUUAUGCCUUGCAGUACACCAUUCAAGUUUAUCGAUUGUAUAAAUACAAUACUGAUGAAUUCAUCACACUUUAUCCCAAUGACCCAAAGGAGGACUGGCCUGUGGUGACUCUCAUAACUGAAGAUGACAGACAUUAUAAUAUUCCAGUCGGAAUGUGCCAAGAGACUAUGUUGUAAACAAAUGAUUUUGGCUGAGAGAUCUGUGCUGUUUAUUGAGGCUUCCACUGCUAUUUUGAAAUAGGAUGGUGAUGCAUUAUUAAGUCUCCAGCAGCUUGAAGUUCACGUUUCAGAAGCUUACGUCUGAACUAAAAUACCAAACAAAUCUUUAAGAAUAACUGAGUAGGAAUUUUUCAAGCGUGGUUUUUAGUUGCCUGUAGAAUUUUUUUUUUCAUGGAGACUUAUGGUUUCUGUUUCUGAGGGGAUUUCUCUUAGUAGGAAUGCAGAAAUUACAGGUUCUCUUCUUAAAAGAAGAUAGGUCAUGUUCUGUAGCAAGAGAUGAGGUAACUUUCUGCCCUUGGAACUAAUGAGAUAAUGAAGAAUUGAAAUUUCUGGAAAAGUAAGUUAACAUUUUCCUGACUGAUCCUUAUAGUGGUGUUUAGAAGCAGUUUAUGUGACUGGGCCUUAGGAAGUGAUAUAAUUCUUCUGCACUUGUAGUAUAAAACCAUGGCAGACAUUAAGUUCCAAGAGAAAUAUUUGUUAGAAGUUUCGUAAUGCUCUGAGGGCUGUUCAGACAUGAAUAUCUUUUAUUUAGUAGGUAGGCAUGUGUUAAACUGAAAAUGAAGAGCUCUCCCUCCUUUCAGCCUCUUAAGAGGGCCGUGGCUAGAGGGGCUUGGUAAUAGGGGAGUGUAAAAAUUCUUUUGUAAUAGGUCACAGAUUUGAAACCUACCCAGAAUUCUCUUUGUUAUGAUAGCUGGUCUGAAAUAAACACAUACCACUUACUUCCAUGCUUGUUAUUACUGUUAUGUCAAUCCUUGCAGAUACCACUGUGGAGAACGUAAAGGCUUGAGUCUGUCCAGGCAUUGCAGUAGGUGGAAAUAAAUUCAUGGUGUGAUUUGUUCUUUCCUUAUGUGACACUUUUCCUGUGGUAGGUUCUAUGUUUCUGCUUAGAAAUACUAAAUAUGCUUUAAAUUGAAGGAGUAUAGAAUAUGUCAGAUUGCUGUCAGUGCUGGCAUAGCUUAGAAAAAAUUUACUCGUAACUUAAAGGAGAAAUGUACUCUACAGAUGACUCUCAGAAGAAGAGAGUGAGAGUUGGCUUAAAUGAAGUGCCAGCCAGACACAGAACACCGACUCCCUUUAGAAGGCUGCCUUACACAAAAGGGAUGAGGCUAUAAAAGCUACUUUUCAUUCAAAUAUCUUGGAGGAAGUGGCAUGCAAAAUUUCAAAUUCCCCUGUUUUGUUCUGCUUAAAGUGAACUUGUUUAUUAAAUUUCUUAUUAUGAAAGACCAUUGCACAAUAAGAAUGUGUAUUCACUACAUUGUAAAAUGUGUUUUAGCCACGUCUUAAUGAGACCUAUCAUGUACUCUUAAGUGUGGUAUUUAUCAUGUUAUUUUCAGCUUUUAAAAGGACUAGUCUGGUCUAUUAUAUUGAAAAGGUUCUGGGAGCCACAGGGAAAGAAAAAUAAACCAGCUAAUCUUAAAGUAUUUUGUUUCCUUGUUUU